GAGACAACCAUUAACCAAAACCAUGGUCUCCAAAAACUCCCAUUCCCACUUCAAAACCAAGCAAAGAAUAUACUUCAUCAUCUUUCUUCUUCUUGUCUCUCUAUCCCUCAUAAUCCUAGCCUUGUCCUUUCAUGAUCCCAAUCCCAUUAACAACAAUAAGCUAUCCACAAGUCAGAGGAUUAGUCAGAAAGAUGAUCAUAUCCCCGUCGCCAAACACCCCGAAUGGCUCAAAAUCAUAGAACAAAAACUGAGGGAUAAAAAGAAGAAGAUUAAGCUAGGUUUGGUCAACCUAGAUCAUGAUCAUCAUGGUCUUCAUGAUGGACUGAAGGGAUUGGACAGGGUAGAAACAGUCUCGGUGCGGUUUGACCGCUUGACCGGAGACAAUAAAAGGGAAUGGGAGGAGUAUUUCCCGGAAUGGAUCGACGAGCACCACAAGUGGGGCCCACCGAGGUGCCCGGAGAUCCCUCUACCGACGUCGUUGGAGCAAUAUAACGACCUAGACGUCGUCGUUGCGUCGGUUCCUUGUGGGACUAAUUAUACUAGGAAAGGGGUUAGAGAUGUCUUUAGGCUCCAGGUCAAUUUGGUGGCGGCCAAUCUGGCGGUGAGGAGCGGGUGGGAGAAUCAAGGUGUCGUUCAUCGGACGGUCUACGUUGUUUUUGUGGGGUCAUGUGGGCCCAUGCUUGAGAUAUUUAGAUGUGAUGAUCUUGUCAAGCACCGGAAAGGAGAAUAUUGGGUGUACUGGCCGGAGAUGAGGAGGCUAAAACAGAAGGUGCUCAUGCCCGUUGGGUCUUGCCAGCUUGCUCCAGGUUACGCAGAAACAGGUGAGGUUUUGGUUCCAUUUUUUGCUAUAUCAUAA